AUGCCCGGGGGGCUUUUCCUUCGCCUCUUCUACCCCUGCCUGCCCCGGGCAGGGGCCGAGCAGCCGCUCUGGGUCCCACGCUGCAGCGGGCUGGCCGACUUCGCCCACCACAGCCGGCGCUGGUGCAUGCCCCUGCUCAGCGUCGCCAUAGGCUCCGGCAGAGUGCUGGUGAGCUGGAAGGGGGCUUUCAAGCCCUGCAGCAGCAGGUACCCACUGGUCAUCAUCUCCCACAGCCUGGGAGCCCUUUGGACCCUGUACUCCUCGGUCUGCUCGGAGCUGGCGUCCUGGGGCUUUGUGGUGGUGCCGCUGGGGCAGGGGGACCAUUCUGCCCCCGUGACGUGUUUCUGCAUGGCAGAGGCUGGGAGAGAGGAGUGGAUCCCCUACUGACGGGGGCCCCAAGGGCAGAAGGAGUUUUAUUUUCGAAACAAGCAGGUUCAUCAGAGAUCAGGGGAAUGCGUGUGAGCACUUCAGCUCUUCGAGGACAUCAGCAUCGGUAAAUCCGUCCCAAACAUCCUUCACCAGGACUUUGAUUGCUCCGUGCUGAAGGACAGCCCUGCUGUUGUGGCUGCUGCCUGCAGCGUGGGCUGUGGGGACUAA